AUGGCGUCGUCGGAGUUCCCGGCACCGUACGUGGUCGAGCCCCGACCCGGCCACCCGCACACGCACACAGUCAUCUUCCUCCACGGGCGCGACAGCAGCGCGCACGAGUUCGCUAACGAGCUGUUUGAGAGCGAGUCGAGCCCAGAACUCGCGGAUAGUGACCGCACACUACCCGCCCUCCUCCCGACCGUGCGCUGGGUCUUCCCCCAAGCCCCGAUGCUGCAGUCCGCGCGCUUCGGUUCGGAAAUGCCGCAGUGGUUCGACGUGUGGACGACCGAGGAUCCGCGCGAGGCUGAACAUGCCGCCAUCCAGCGUCCUGGCCUCCGGCGUGUCGUCUCGCAGAUCUUGCACACGCUGGAGUCCGAGGAGCGGCUCGUCCCCACGAGCCGCAUCUUCGUGUGCGGCAUCAGCCAGGGAUGCGCGGCUGCGAUUGCGGCGCUGAUAAGCCGCGACGGUAACGCGUGGCGCCGCAUGGCUGGGCUUGCCGGGGUCGCGGGCCUGUCGAGUUGGAUGCCGCGACAAGACAAGGUGGAUGAGAAGGAGCAGGGCGCCCAUCACCACCGCCCGGCCGAUAGUGAAGCGUGGCGGACCCUGCCGGUGAUGCUACAGCACUGCAUCGAUGACGACGUCAUUGCCGUCGCGUAUGGGCGGCACCUUCGCGACGAGCUGACCGGUACGUGGAGCCACCAGGGGGUCGAGUGGAGGGAGUACGAGGACGGGAGGCACUGGCUGAAUGAGCCACGCGGUGUGGACGACCUGGUUGGGUUCCUGCGGCGGUGCAUGGCGAAGGAGAGGUUGCCGCAGUAG